AUGGAUCCGGGCAGCCCUGGUAUUACAAUUGGUCUUUCAUGUGUAGCAGCUGAGGUAUUGGUCGCCAUGUUCACCAACAUUUUCAUCAUCUCCAUAAUCUUACUAGAGUUUCAUAGAACAAAGAAGUUGGACACUAAGGAUCAGAUCCAGAUGGCUCUAAAAGUAUCUAGCUGCCUUUUUACCACCGUGGUAACUUACAAUGAAUUCUCCAAGGUCCUGAAACCUGAACUUUUCAAAUCAUCUCACCCGAGUCUGUUAUUUGCUGUGGCCAUUGUCUACUCUAUGUGCUCAAGUACAUGGCUCGUCACCCUCCAAUGCUUCUUCUAUUUCUUUAAAAUUGUAAACUCCAAGUGGGCCUUCAUUCCUUGGGUGAAGAGAAUGAUGGACUCCUCUACCUCCUGGCAGAUUGUGGUCGUGGAGGUGAUGUCCCUGGGCAUCGGCCUCUUACAUUUACUUCUAUAUAGAACAGAAAAUGUCUCUUCUACAAACAGCUCAGAUAUCCCAUCUACCAACAUGACUCCAGAAGAAAUGAUUAUACACAACUAUGUGACAUAUCCCCUAUUGAUUGUGACUUGUCCAUCACUUCUCUUGUCCACAAUAUCCACCAUCAUAACUGCAGCCUUCCUGAGGGGUCACAUGAUCAAGAUGAAGGACACCAACACGACUGGAGAACUCCACCAGUAUAACCGCGCAGUCCGGACACUACUGCGCUACCUAUUCCUCUACUGUGUGUUUUAUGUGAUGAUGUUUCUUUAUUAUUUUUCCUUUUUUGCCCUUCAUAGUAUCGGGUACUGGAUCAACCUUAUAUUGGUCUUUUUGUUUAUCCCAGUAGUAAAUGUUCUACAAAUCCUUGGGACUCCUCAUCUGAGGACGACAUGGAAGGAGAUGAUGAGUUAUUUCCCUCAGUGUAGAAAACCUAAUAUCCACUAA